AUGCAGCAAGCAGCGGUGAAGGAACAAUUGCCUUGGCUCAUUGCUGGGUUUGAAAGCGAUGAGUUCGGCGGGCGGGAAGCCGUGGAGUUGCAAUAUCCGCUUUGGCGGACAUGCUUUUACCCGGUACUGGUGCUCACCGAGGCGUGGAGCCGCAGCGCGGGCAUGCCCACGGCCUUUUACUAUGAUGCUUUUUGUGCGCUUGUGAUGGGCUUACUUCACAAAGACAUUGCAGUCGACGUCGCGGGUUACCCUUGCCGCAGUCGAUACUGGGCAAUGGGGAUCGCGCGGCCCGGCAGCGGAAAAAGCCCAGCAGUGGACCCGAUGGUUGAAUGCCUCCGCAGUGUCUUGGAAGAGAAUUCACACUUGGCGCCUGGAUGGGGCUGGGACAAAUUCCAUUUGCUCGGGCCAAGCACCCAUUGUGCGGCAGUAGACAAGCUAAAGGCGACUGAUGGUUACACCACCCUGGUAGCAGGAGAAGGGGGCCCACUGCUUUGUCCUGCUUUUGCGCAAAAUGGCACCUGGAACCAAACAACCCACAUCAACUUCGCAAGGUUCCUGGACAGCGCCACGGGCGGAGAGGUGCCUUGGGAAACUGCCUUGGACCGGAAAGCAAAGAAGGAGUCGGCGGAAGAGAGGGUGGUUCCGCCGAAGGGCACACCGUCGCAGAAAACCAAUGUGACUAUAGCCUUGUUGCAACAGCUGUCAGUGUGGCAGAACUGGUGGGUGCCGAGUGAGGCACGCAACAAGAUCGGCUUGCCCCAGCGUUGCAUGUUCUCCUUUGGCGCUCUUCGUGAUCCAGGCCCGCCUCGCCUCCAAGGCUUUGAGAGAAAGGUUGUCAUGCCCAUAUUGCGUCGCAUCUUUGCAGCAGUGCUGAAAUCAUUGGGUUGCAAGGCGCCGAUGGCAAUAGAUGCGCCCGGAAGAGAAUGGAAGCUGAGCCCUAGUUUAAAAGAGCAAUUCCAUGCGUACAGGCUGACUUGCAAUGAUGUAACAAAGAAGACUUUCUUUGGUGAGACACUUGCCGCUGGCUUGCACAAGGCCCCUUACUGGGUCAGCACCGUCGCCCUCUUUGGCACGCUGAUGUGGCCGCAUGCGUGCUCGAGAAGUGCGAGCUUACCAGUGUGGAGCGGGCAACUGAGUACAGACGCGUUGAAGAUGGCCACCUUGUGCUUCCAGGAGCGGUUCUUGUACGGGCUUGCUGUCUUGGAAGUGGAUAUGCGCCGGCAAGCGCGACUGGCUCGCGUUCCGCCGAAACGGCCAGUGGCAGAGGCCGUGGCAGCGAUGGCAGAGCUACUCAGAACUCUGGUUGGGUCGGGAUGGUAUCCUGAAUGGACGCGCCGCUGUGGCGCACACUUUCGGGAAUUGCCAGACCCCAUGUGGAAGGAUGCUGCGUAUCAGGAAGUCAUGGGGCUCUUGGUUGAAGGCGGGCUAGGCGAAGUCCGGGAACAACGCCACCGCGGCGAAGUGCAGGCUGCUUUCGUGAAGGGUUGUUGUGCAGCUUUGUCGAAAGAAGCGAAAGAGGCCUUGAAGGAGAUGGGGGCAGUCACAUGGCGCGAAGAGUCCGAUGACACGAGCGCCAACCGUGCGAAGGCGGGGGCGGGCUUUUCUUUGCAUUGGGAUAUAGGGGUCGCUGUCGCCACCGUCAGGCCAGAAGCCCACGGGUCAGACAGCGAGGAGAAUAAGCCUGAGCAGGAAUUGGUGGAUCCAGAGCCUGUCCAACCACUCUGGCGCGAUGUUGGCACUUGCGCAAGCUUGCGGAAAACCAUCGAACGUGUGCUCGGGCAAGCAAAAGAUUGUGGUGUGUACAAUUUCCAUGAGAAGCAGUUGAAAGCUGGCAAAACCUUGCUCGGUAUCUGCCGGCCGAGCGUAUGCAGAGGCUGCACAAAAAAGGUGAAAGGGACGCUGACUUUCAGCGACAAAGGGCCCAUGCUAUGCGUGCAGCACAAAGGCAUCCAUGGAGAGCUACAAGCGCCGCAAGGCGGUAGCUUGUGGACAUGUGCCGAGGCUCUAGCUUUAGAAGCUUUGGAAACAAAGCGGCCCCGGGUGACCUCCAAAGAUGUCCGCGCUGCACUGCAAGCCCAUGGGUUGAACUUGCGCUGCAGCACUGCGCAAUUGCACAGCUUCGUCGUCAGAUUCAAUGGCGCGGGCCGGCCGCAAUGCAACAAAGGCAAGCUGACAGUGGGACAGUUGGAGAAUGCAGCAGGGCCGUUCAUGAGCCCACACAUGGAUGCUUGGCAAAGCUGGAAAGUGUGGCGGCUUAUCGUCUUGCCGUCGUCAACCUUUGAUGAAGAGAGGGUGUGCGUGAUGUGGACGUGCCCAGGCAUGCUACGCCGCGCGCAGGCCUUGAAAGAGAAGGUCUUGAAGCUGGUUGUCGAUGCGAAGCAGCGCGUCGUUGUCAACGAAUAUGGCAUUGUGACUCUGGCAUUCUUGGUAAGCAGUGCCUCGCCAACCAAAACCUGGGCAGGGGCAAGCCACACCAAGUCCGUUGCAGUGCGCACCGCCACGCAAGAACCGUUCUUGCAAGCCCUGGUGAGUUCAGAAUCCGAGCGCAACAUGACCCAAAUUUUCACUGAGGCAUGCAAUGUGGCCGAGAAAGAGUGUGGCCUCGAUCUGAGGGCCCAGGUUUGGCAGGUCCACAAAGAUUAUGCGAAGGGCAUCGAAGCUUCCCGCCGUGCUGUGUUUCCUCACGCACGGCCAUGUGAUGACUAUGCUCACAUGCGUCGGGCAUCCUAUAAAGUCUUGCAGCAGCAUUUGCCAAGCAAGGCACGUGUGUCAGGGCCCCAGACGCAGAAGCCGAAGGCCAAGAAAGGGGAGACCAAGAAGGCGACGGCGGAAGAAGCUACAGGGGCAGAGGUGUCUGUGCCUGCAGAAACUGACAUGGUGCUAUCUGAGACCGAUGCUUUUGGCCGCCUGGAACAAAUCAUUCAAAUUAGCCGUCAACAAAGCAAAAAGCACACCCUCGACAAGGUUGAAAGCUUCUAUGUGCUUACUGGGCGCUGUCUUCCAUGUCAUUGCCUCCAUCUUCUGCGACAAUACUGGCAAGUUUCGAUGCCCUAUUUGCGCAAAGCCGCGAUGCAAGGCUUCUUGCAAAAGAGCAACUGUGAGGUGUGGCAAGGCUUUGAGCCUCUCCGCGCUGGUCUCCAUGGCUGCACGACCAACAUAAACUGCCAGCGUUGUUGGAGCCUUCCGAGCCGGAAAGUUGAUAAGGACAAGAAAUGA